AUGUGGGGCUACCCUCUGCAUGUGACUUGGGAUCUGACUGCGCCAAAGAGUUUAAGAUGCUUGAGGAAUGAGGGGAGGGUUUGUUUUUUUAAUCUCUGCACAAUCUCCUCAAAUCAGAAUAAACCUCCAUCCCUUCUAGGGCCUUUUGCAGAUCCUGAAGUUGCUCCUGUGAGUGAGAACAACACAGACUCUACCAAAAGGGCCAAGAAGGAUAAGCAUUCGUUUCUGUUCUGCAGGCCAUUAUGUAUGCAAGAGGGCCUGGUCCUUUCCCAGGAUGGCCUUGCAGGCACUACCACAUGGACCACCCUUCAUCACCAGCCAAGGGCUGUGGGCCACCUCCCCCUCCUCCACCAGCUCCUCCACCUACUCCAUUUGGACAACUUGAAGUUUGAAGAGGACCCUAAACUGUGACCAAUAGGCUGUGGCA